AUGUCGUCUUCGCAAAAAGAACUCGUUCUUAAUUCUAAAACGAUAAUGUCGAUGAUGAGAUAUUUUGGAAUACAUGAAGACAAUGAUGGACAUAUUUUGAACCACCUACUGGAAUUAAAUCACAGAUGCAUAUCACUCAUUUUGGAAGAAGCGAAAUCAUGUGCAAGAUUAUCUAACAAGGAUAAAAUUGAUAUAAGUGAUGUCCGAGUAGCAAUUUUAAAGAAAAUGGACCUCAUAACCCCUAGAUCUUCUCCACAUGGUAAUACCGGACAAGACGCUCAUAUUAUUGAAAAAUCAGAUACUGAAUUAAUAAAUGAAGAGUUUUAUAAUAAAAUUCUUGCACAAUUUGAUCAAAAAUCAGAUGUUAUUUUGCCUGAGAUAACUGAUUUAGAUAUAGAAGAAGUUAUUAGAAGUAUGAAGGACAACCAAGAUGUAACUACCGACAAAUUCGAUGUGGAUUCUCUAUUAAACGACCCUCAUUCGUUGUAA